AUGUCCCACCCGGCCAGUUUCUACGCCGUCGUCGGUGGCGCCGUGGUCGUAACCAUGGACGGUGACCGCUGCACCGCCGCUUCCGUGGCUGUGGGCGGGUUGACCCCGCGUCCCGUGAAGGCAGUGGCCGUGGAACAGGCUCUGUCCGGCACGACGCUCACCGCGUCCAGCAUCGGCGAUGCGACGGCGCGGCUCAGUGAGGAUCUCUCCGGAGUGGACAUAAUCGGCGAUGUGUUCGCCUCCGCGGAGUUCCGUUCCGGCGUCGCUCCCGUGGAGGUCAAGCACGCCCUCCUCCACGCCAUCAGCCUGGCGCACCACUAG